AUGACUGUUACCAGAUUAGAAGAUCUACCCAAUGAACUGUGGCUCGAACUUUCCGUCUAUUUCACACGAUCGGAAUUAAAUUCAACAUGGUUUCAAUGGAAACUUAAUAGGCGCAUUCAUUCGUUGGUUCAGAUAGCGCAGAAUCGAGUUGCUUUGUCACUUUCAUCAUUGUCGUUUAUAACAUAUGGCGAAUGGUUGUAUUAUUUGGAACAUGAACAUCCACUUAUAGCUUGUCGUAUAACUUCUCUUCUGCUCAAUGAAUCAGUUGUAUCAAAUGAAAUUCUUAGUCAAUGGCAUGAAAAUGAAAAAUCUUUUCUUCCACGUCUCCGAAAAUGUACCGUUUAUAUGAAUCUUCUGAGCAGACCUGAUCGAGGGAAUAUUAUUCGACUCAUUGGUCGACACGCAUUGAUUUUACGUCAUAUUAUCUUUUAUUUUACCAAAAUCGAUAGGUAUUACUGGAUAAUGAAAAUGUUCACCGAAGAACGUAUUUCUCUACAUACCAUGCAAUUCAUCAUGAUUGAAGACCACAGGUAUUUUAAAUGGACGAGUUCUUUAGCCGCUUGUGCUAUUGAUUGUAAUGAAAUAUUUACAUUUCCGAAAACUGUUCGUUUGCGUAUCUCGAUACAACAUACAUCUGAUUUAGCAUUAUUGCUGCAAUGUAAUACCUUACCGCAUAUAGAAGAUCUUCAUCUUACAAUGGAAACUGGAAUAUAUAAUUCAUAUCAAUUAGAUAGUCGCCAAUCUACCNNNUUUACAUUUCCGAAAACUGUUCGUUUGCGUAUCUCGAUACAACAUACAUCUGAUUUAGCAUUAUUGCUGCAAUGUAAUACCUUACCGCAUAUAGAAGAUCUUCAUCUUACAAUGGAAACUGGAAUAUAUAAUUCAUAUCAAUUAGAUAGUCGGUAUGAAAAUGCAUAUUGUCCUAUUUUAUGUCCUGAUGUGUUGAACACAACUGAAGCCAAUCUACCACAUUUACGCGCAUUACAAUUGCGACAAAUCGCCAUGAGCAAUGUCAUUGUAUUGAUACAACAUGUAAAAUCAAUGUGUCAACUUAAAUCAUUGAUUUUGAUAAAUUGUAAUGUUAAAGAUAAGAAUGAACUUGUUGCAUUUAAAAGCUGUAUUACAAAUUUUAUGAUUCGUCUGCAUUGUCUUCGCUUCCUCCUUUAUUUACCCGGUGAAACCAAGCUUGAAAAUCCUGAUCUCUAUUGGUUUAAUUUAAGUCAUCAAAGUGUUGAAUAUGAGAUCGAUAGAAUGAUGAUACUUUACACAGUUCCAUAUCCAUUAAACAGUCAAAGACAGGUAUAUAAUCAUACGUUUGGACGGCAAGCAACAAUUAAUAAAAGUAUUGAUCAUAUUGAAUGGAUAGUUGAUCGUGAUCCUUUAUCUAUCGAUACUACUCUUACUCAUUUUCAACAUGUGAAUUCGCUUGUUUUAUCCGUUGAUAUUCAAGAAAUGAAUAUAAACAUCAAUUCUUGGCGUGUAUGUCUUCCAUUUUUACAUUCUCUCAAACUUAAUUUUGAUUCAAAUCCAAUCAAAUCUGGGGUAUCGUCUUAUCGAUCUACAACAUCGAAUUAUUAUCGUUGCUUUAUUCUGGAACAAUUUCGGAAAUGUGCCUCUGCCCUUGAGUGUUUGUCGCUAUACAUAUCUAACAUUGAACUUCUUCUCAAACACUCUUCAUCACCUUGGCCAUUCGUGCGGCAACUUAAUAUUUAUAUAGAAUCAUAUCGGGACUUUCCAUCUGCAUGUUUCAUUAAACAAUUACCGACACACAAAGCUUUUCCUCAACUUCAAUAUCUUUCAUUUAAUGGGCGUGGUUAUUCACUUAAUCGACCGAAAUCACUUGCAGUUCAGAUUCUCUCAUGUUUCGAUGCUCUCAUGUUUUCUUCAUCAAAAUUUAUCACAUUACAUGUGAAUAGAUUUUGUGCUUAUCAUCGAAGUCGGUCUUACACAACUCGUGAAGUACUUUUGACACUUCUCACAGAACAUAUUCGUUCGAAAGGUAAUCAUUAUUCCUCAUCGAAAAUUGUUAUUGAUGAAGAUGAAGAUAUUAUCAUUUGGCGUUGA